ACAUGAAGAAGUCAGGGCUGAGCUGGAACACUUCCAACAACAGCAUCACAAGGCGAGAGAUACCAUACGGACAGAAGAAGCUGGCACCGCAUGUGACAAAAGUUUCGCUUGCCUCUGUGUGGAGUUCUGUGUUUUUAUUUCUAAUUGCACACUUGUAUUCACUCACGAUCUCUCACACUUCGAAGAAGACGAAGAUAUCUGCAGAAUGGCGGAGAUCACGCCAGUGCAAGCACAGAUAUGGAAGAGGGAUACUCUUGUGCUAGGUGGUAAUGUGGGUUUAGGUGAUGGUUCGGGCGGAGGCACUGUGACGAUGGUUUUGAGACGUCAGCUUUCACCGAUCUCAUCUGCAGAAGUUUUUGCUAUGAUCGGGCAGUACUCAGUUUUACGAGUUCAAACUUCAAGACAACUUUCGGCUCUAUAUACGGGAACUCUGGGAUUGACUUGCUCUUGUUCGGACGGUUCACUCACAUUAUCAAACGCUUGGUCCCGUCAAUUGUCACAGGAUACCACUGGCAAUAUACGACUAGCUAUUGGGGGAGACGCUGGAGUUUCAGUUGGUUGGCAAAAGCACGGUAAGAAGAACAGUGGUUCAGCUGACGUGAAGAUAGGGCCUACCACCUUUGGAGUAUCUGGGCAAUACAUACGGCAAUUCUCAUCCAAGUCCCAAGGUCGAGUCACUGGCAAACUUGGAAGCACUGGAGUAGAGAUUGAAAUGGGUGGAGAGAGGAAACUUUCAGAACACAGUUCAGCUGCCAUGUUCUGCGUGCUUGGGCCACAGAUUUGGCUUUUUGCGAUGUGUGAAUAUCCUUUCUGGGAUCUAAAGAUUGUUGUUUGUGUCUAUUUUAGGGUGUAUCUUGGAGGCUAAAAGUUCAUCAUUUUAGUAAGUGGUAGUGUUUUUGGUUUGUAAAUACGUGGAUGUUAAAUUUGUGUAUGUUUUUGGAGAACGUAGUUCUUCCAUGUCUUGGUUAGUGUAGUUGUAGUUGCAAAAUGCAACACUUGAAUUGUUCUGAUAAGCACGGAGUUUUCCUUAUUCUGCCCCCUUUUUUGUUCCCUUAUUUUCAUUACUA